CCCUCUCCUGCAAAGUCAUUGAUGGAUUGCAAUAGCAACUCGUACACCAAAUUGACCUUACAUGAUACAAUGGCCGCAUGGCAUUGGUACAUGCCGAAAAUAUAUUCCAAAAUGGCUGACCUGGAUUUGUCUGCCGACGCCAUCGAUGAGCUACCUCUUGACGCUACGCCUUUCCAAUGCAUCCAAUUAAUACAGUCCCGUCCAGGGGUCCAAUUAGAAAUUCCUUCAUGCAUCAAAGGACAAUCUCUAAGACAUGCGCUGGACGUCAAUCAGGGCUGCGAGCAAUUAAUGGCCGAAACAAAAUACGAUGGGGAAAGAGUGCAGAUACAUAUCAUAGAUCAGGAUAUUAUCAAAAUUUUCUCUAAGUCAAAAGUAGAUAGUACAUCGGACAGGGCAGGUAUUGUUCCCAUAAUAAGAGAGGCACUGGGGCUUCCUUCUAAGAGCUAUCCUCCAGGUUUUCCAGAUGGAGAAUUCAAUGAUUCGCUCACCUCCUCAGAGCCCACACGGGGUAUUACCUCAGGAAUUUUCGAAGCCGAGAUGGUUGCUUUCGAUAGGCGCAAAAACAAAAUCGAUGAAUAUUACAGGAUCAGGGAGCUGUUGCAAUCAUGCAAGGGCAACAACAAAUUAUCCAAUUUUGAAGCAAUGAAUUCAAACAGCAGUUUAGAGAGCGUCGACGAGAAUCUAAAUGAUUGUUCGAAAAGACAUCUUGCUGUAGUGUUUUUCGAUAUUCUCCAUCUUGACGGGAGGGAUCUCACAGACGAGCCUCUUUCUAAUCGCAGGGAGAUACUUGAAGAGGUGGUGCGCAAAGUACCUCAAUUUAGUAUGCUCUCGCAAGUUGACAAAAUAGACAUCCGCAACUCAAACAAGGCUAUGCACUCACUCCAGCGAAUAUAUGCAUCAAACAUCGCAAACUGUCAGGAGGGCCUCGUAUUAAAGCCGAGCUAUGGUACCUAUAACUGUUCACGAUUACGUUGGGUGAAGAUCAAACGAGAUUAUAUACCUGGAUUGGGAGACACAGCUGAUUUUGUCAUUAUUGGUGCACGACAUGACCCACAGCGCGGUCGUGAGCUAUUGGUCCUCCCGCAUGUGUUGACUACAUUCACUGUUGCUCUCAAAGCGAAGCAAACGGAUAUGCGCAAGCUACGUAAGAGGAGCGGAAUCAAUCAAUGGGAUGUUCGCGACCACUAUCAUGCGUUGUUUGAGGUCAGCUAUGGUCUGGUACGGUCUGAACUAGAGGACCUCAACUUGGAAGCCAAGUGCAGGGCGGGAGAGAGCCCAUCGCUACCUUAUACAUAUUCAUUCGAGAGAGGCUUAAAGAUACCUACAAUCCUAUUCCAGCGACCUAUCCUAUUUGAGCUCACAGGCGCAUCCUUCACCCGCAAGCCUAGAUCAAAGUGGUACGAGCUGCGCUUCCCGAGAAUAACAAAAUAAAUUCCAUCGACACGGAUAGACAGGAUGCGGAAGAUGAAAUAAAGGGUGUUUUCGAAGGAUACACUAUCAACAGGUGUGACAAAUGGCUCACAGUCUUGAAGCAAUCUGAAAAUAGCCAUUCGUGGGAGAAAUGCAAGACAUGGCUUGACCCUGCCAUAAAAAAUUUUGGAGAAGACAAGGAAUUUUCUUCUAAUAGUUUGAUGCUCGAAUCAGAUGUCUCCAGUAGUGACGACAAGCUUUUAGCGGGGGUCAU